ACCGGUAAUUAUUAAAGCCGAAAACUUUUAAUAUUACCAGUAUUUGUUUACCCAUUGUUUACCUAUAGAUAACUAUAUCAGUGUCAUUCGACUGACAGUGUUUGUUUAACACGGGUUAAUCCCCGAUCCAUCUACCAUAGAUUCCCACCUACUUGUGUACGUAGCGCGAGGGACCGAACUCGUAGAUAAUAUACGGGUGUUAAUUGCCCAAAGACCAGGAUCACUAUGGCCUUUGUGACGUCACCGGUCUGUAUGCUGUCGAUUACUUCCGUAACGACUUGUCACCUCCAUUGUCUAAACACGGCCAUCUUGAGUACACCCCACAACUAACAAUCAGCAAGCCAAACUCUGGACCGCCCUCCCAGCUGACUCCGUCCAAUGGGUACAGCACAUCGCACGCCAAAGACACGGGGUAGUUCCAUAAAUCCACGAGAAUUGUCAGAACGUCACCACAGCUUCUGAUACUGUUCUAACAUACGCAUCAACGCUCUAGGAUCUCAUCAGAAACACUCAACUUAAAUAACAAACAAACAGCACUGAUGGAUGCCUCCUUACUUCAGCCCCUGUUUGUCGAUUGUAGCGUCGAGUACGAGUUGGAUAUGACAAGGUUCCCUGGGUGGGACGAUCCCGAGGCCAGGGCUCAACCGACCUUGAUGCUGCCCUACCCCGACCGUCAAUACAACAGCUCGUGUCCGUCUGUUGAUGAUGAGCUACAGAAUGUUCUACGGAAACUCAGUACGACCGAGGACGAGUUCCAGACCCUACUACGGGAAUUCAUUAUGACCGAGGAUGAGCUCCAUAGUUUUGUCCAGGACUUCUGCCCUAGUUUAGAGUCUAGUGAAGACGACCUUCCUUCAAUUAUUGAUGAUGUCUUCAGUUACGCCGAUAUCUUGUUGACGAUGACCGGUGCUAUUAGUCCAUCAGACAGCGACCACUCCCAGUCUCCAGAGACGUUUGAAUCGGCCACACAGACAGACGAUACCUUCAUGCCGGAUGGACCUACCUUGGUGGACUUCUUGUCCGACUUCUACAUCAGAGACCCGUCGUCAUCGACAUGUUUCUCCUCUAUCGACACCCUGUCGUCACCGACAUGUUUCUCCUCUAUCGACACCCUGUCGUCAACACCGACCGUCGAAUGCGGCAUCGACUUCUAUCUCCACAGUCAAGAACUACAUCACUCGUGCAGGAAGAGGCAGAUUUCUGACGACUCCUAUCAACCAUCAGCAAAGAGGCAGUGUAACCAUGGCGAUGACUACCACAACGAACUACUUUCGUCCUUCAUUACGGACAGUUCCGAGAACGAGAUGAGUUAUGGCUUUAGCGGAUGUGUUCGUGACUAAAUAAAUUAUAAUAAUAGUGCGUGCUGAAAUCAUAAUCUGAUCUCUGUAUUAUCACAAAUAGCUAGUGUUAUAGAACGGACACAACAUGCUGGACGUAUCUAUUAAUGGGGGAUGCUGUCUGUAUCCCGAUAAAACGCUAUGAUGACAGAUCCUGUAAUAGUGCUGUGUUUUUAUUGUUACGGUUUUAAUCCGGUCGUUUUUAUACUUGUUUUUGAGUUAUUAUCGUAUAAUAGUGCCAAAGAUGAAUAAAAAUGUUCAGAAAUUAUUUCAUUGUUUUCUUGUCUUGAUAUCAGUUUAGCGAUUGUCUCCCUCCCCGGACUUGUUUAAAACCUCAACUACUCCUCUCAGAUUAUAGAUUUUGGUUCGUCUAUUUUGUUGGGAGUGUGUCUGCAUUUGUAAUCAUACAUCCGAUUAUGUAAAUACCGGAAACAAUUGUUCAGAUUAAAUAACAGAAAAUAGUCUAUUUAUAGCCGCCCUUGACCUUCGCUUUCUCACAUAGUGACCCACCAUUUUCAACAAUCAACAUUUUCAGAAGAUUUCAACAUAUCUCAAAGCAACACACCUU